AUGGCAGCCAUGCAGAGUGGUACGAAUGAACCACCUUCGAUUUCCUUUUCCCUCGCCAUCAGCCCUCUAGUCUUUGCACGGACACCAUUUAACGGGGAUGGGGACAAGCCUCAAAUCACUGUCACCGCGCCCAGCCAGCACAGACACAACUUUACCUGCAAGGAUGCAGCUACUGUACUUUAUCACCCUGCAACCAGAGGUGCCUUACACGGCGACGAGCGAGUUCAAACUGGCAUCUCGCCCGCUUUGGACUGGCCAGGGCGAGUCUAG